AUGGACGGCGAAGCAGCUCGCCGCGGGAACGGCGCGUGGGAGAUCGUCCUGGUCCCGCCAGACCCGACCACGGCGUGGUCCGAACGCUACGUGAAGCUUUUCCUGCUGUGGUCGGCGGCCAUCGCGGUGUCUGUGGCGCUCUACGUCUUCGCCGGCUACGUCUGGGGCUCCGUCGCCAUGGCCGCGUUCCUGGUGGCCGGGUGUUGGCUCACGUGCUGCUACCUCAAGGCUGCGCCGGAGCCGCCGCUGCUCUCGGUGGAUGCCGCCGUGCAAGCGGUGGGGCAGGUCAACGGCGGCGGCGGCGGCCUCAGCCAGGCGGAGAUAGAGGGCAUCCCGGUGUUCGAGUACCGCCGGAAGGAGGCUGCGGCGCCGGCGCCAGCGGAGCAGUGCGCGGUGUGCAUCAACGUCGUGCGAGACGGGGAGGAGGUGAGGCGGCUGCCGGCGUGCGCGCACACGUUCCAUGCGCCGUGCAUCGACGGGUGGCUGCGCGCGCACGCCACCUGCCCGAUGUGCCGUGCCGACGUCAAGGUUGCUGCUGUGGGGCUGCCGGCAGAGUCGUGGGCAGCGUAG